CCCGCCUGCCCGCGCCUCUUUCGCCGCCGCCGCUGCUGCCGUUGCUGCUGCCGCCGCCGCCGCCGCCGCCCGAGACUCGCGCAGAGCAGUUAUGGCGGAUCCCGCAGCGCCCGCGCCCGCAGUCCCGGCUCCCGCCCAGGUCCCGGACACGGCCCCGGACGAGACCUCGGCCCCGGACGCAGCCCCCGCCCCGGCCCCGGCGCCGGCGCCCGCCCCGGACUCGGCCUCCGGGCCGUCCUCGGACUCCGGUCCCGAAGCCGGCUCUCAGCGGCUGCUGUUCUCUCACGACCUGGUGUCGGGCCGUUACCGCGGCUCGGUGCACUUCGGGCUGGUGCGACUCAUCCACGGCGAGGACUCGGACUCGGAGGGCGAGGAGGAGGGCCGCGGGAGCUCGGGCUGCUCCGAGGCGGGGGGCGCGGGCCACGAGGAGGGCCGGGCCAGCCCGCUGCGCCGCGGCUACGUGCGCGUCCAGUGGUACCCGGAGGGCGUCAAGCAGCACGUGAAGGAGACCAAGUUGAAACUAGAGGACCGCUCCGUGGUGCCCCGGGAUGUGGUCCGGCACAUGCGCUCCACUGACAGCCAGUGUGGCACGGUGAUCGACGUGAACAUCGACUGCGCCGUGAAGCUCAUUGGCACCAACUGCAUCGUCUACCCCGUCAACAGCAAGGACCUGCAGCACAUCUGGCCCUUCAUGUAUGGGGACUACAUUGCCUAUGACUGCUGGCUGGGGAAGGUCUACGACUUGAAGAACCAGAUCAUCCUCAAGCUGUCCAAUGGUGCCAGGUGCUCCAUGAACACAGAGGAUGGUGCCAAGCUCUACGAUGUCUGCCCGCACGUCAGCGACUCUGGUCUCUUCUUUGAUGAUUCCUACGGCUUCUACCCAGGCCAGGUGCUCAUUGGCCCUGCCAAGAUCUUCUCCAGUGUCCAGUGGCUGUCAGGGGUCAAGCCCGUGCUCAGCACCAAGAGCAAGUUCCGCGUGUUGGUCGAAGAGGUGCAGGUUGUGGAGCUGAAGGUCACGUGGAUUACCAAGAGCUUCUGUCCAGGGGGCACGGACAGCGUCAGCCCCCCGCCCUCUGUCAUCACCCAGGAAAACCUAGGCAGGGUGAAGCGUCUCGGAUGCUUUGACCAUGCUCAGCGGCAGCUCGGGGAGCGCUGUCUGUAUGUCUUCCCAGCCAAGGUAGAGCCGGCCAAGAUUGCCUGUGAAUGUCCAGAAAAACACUGCGCCCAGGGGGAGGGCUCUAUGGCCAAGAAGGUGAAGCGCCUCCUCAAGAAGCAGGUCGUGAGGAUCAUGUCCUGCUCCCCGGACUCCCAGUGCUCCAGGGACCAUUCCAUGGAGGACACAGGCAAGAAGGGGGCGGCCAAAGCCAAGAGUGAAGCGGGGUCCGCCAGCCCCGAGGAGACGCCUGAUGGGUCUGCCAGCCCAGUGGAGAUGCAGGACGAGGGCCCCGAGGAGGCCCACGAGGUGGGCGAGCAGCUGCCCCCCUUCCUGCUGAAGGAGGGCGGGGAUGACAGGCUGCACUCGGCCGAGCAGGACGCCGAUGACGAGGCCGCCGACGACACGGACGACACCAGCUCAGUGACCUCCUCCGCCAGCUCCACCACCUCCUCCCAGAGCGGCAGCGGCACAGGUCGCAAGAAGAGCAUCCCCUUGUCCAUCAAGAACUUAAAGCGGAAACACAAGAGGAAGAAGAAUAAGAUCACUCGUGACUUCAAGCCGGGGGACAGGGUGGCGGUGGAGGUGGUGACCACGAUGACCUCAGCAGACGUGAUGUGGCAGGACGGCUCCGUGGAGUGCAACGUCCGCUCCAACGACCUCUUCCCUGUGCACCACCUGGACAACAACGAGUUCUGCCCCGGAGACUUCGUGGUGGACAAGCGAGUCCAGAGCUGUCCGGACCCCGCUGUCUACGGCGUGGUGCAGUCUGGGGACCACGUGGGCCGCACCUGCGUGGUGAAGUGGUUCAAGCUGCGGCCGAGUGGGGACGACGUGGAGCUGAUCGGAGAGGAGGAAGAUGUGAGCGUCUACGACAUUGCCGAUCACCCUGACUUUCGGUUCCGCACGACCGAUAUCGUUAUCCGAAUUGGCAACACUGAGGAUGGAGGGCCUCACAGGGAGGAUGAGCCAUCAGUCGGCCAGGUGGCCCGCGUGGACGUCAGCAGCAAGGUGGAGGUUGUGUGGGCUGAUAACUCGAAGACCAUCGUCCUGCCCCAGCACCUGUACAACAUCGAGUCUGAGAUCGAGGAGUCAGACUAUGACUCGGUAGAAGGCAGCACCAGUGGGGCGUCCUCGGAUGAGUGGGAGGAUGACAGUGACAGCUGGGAGACGGACAAUGGGCUGGUGGAGGACGAGCACCCCAAGAUAGAGGAGCCCCCCAUCCCGGCCGCCGAGCCGCCAGCGGCCCCCGAGGAGGACAAGGGAGUGCUGAUCAGCGAGGAGGCCGCCACGGCCGCCAUCCAGGGAGCCGUGGCCAUGGCCAGCCCUGUGGCUGGGCUGAUGGAGAAGGCUGGCAAGGAUGGGCCCCCGAAGAGCUUCCGGGAGUUGAAAGAGGCCAUCAAGAUCCUGGAGAGCCUCAAGAACAUGACCGUGGAGCAGCUUCUGACGGGCUCGCCCACCUCCCCCACGGCGGAGCCGGAGAAGCCGACUCGGGAGAAGAAGUUUCUGGACGACAUCAAGAAGCUGCAGGAGAACCUCAAGAAGACCCUGGACAACGUGGCCAUCGUAGAGGAGGAGAAGAUGGAGGCGGUGCCAGACACGGAGCGCAAGGAGGACAAGCCCGAGGGGCAGUCGCCGGUGAAGGCCGAGUGGCCCAGCGAGACCCCGGUGCUCUGCCAGCAGUGCGGCGGCAAGCCCGGGGUCACCUUCACCAGCGCCAAGGGCGAGGUCUUCUCGGUGCUGGAGUUCGCGCCCUCAAAUCACUCUUUUAAGAAAAUUGAGUUCCAGCCUCCAGAAGCCAAGAAGUUCUUCAGCACGGUGCGGAAGGAGAUGGCCCUGCUGGCCACCUCGCUGCCCGACGGCAUCAUGGUCAAGACCUUCGAGGAUAGAAUGGACCUCUUCUCGGCCCUAAUCAGGGGCCCCACUCGCACCCCCUACGAGGACGGCCUCUACCUGUUUGACAUCCAGCUCCCCAACAUCUACCCAGCCGUGCCCCCCCACUUCUGCUACCUCUCCCAGUGCAGUGGCCGUCUGAACCCCAACCUGUAUGACAAUGGGAAGGUGUGCGUCAGCCUCCUGGGCACCUGGAUUGGAAAGGGGACAGAGAGGUGGACGAGCAAAUCCAGCCUUCUCCAGGUGCUCAUCUCCAUCCAAGGUCUAAUCCUGGUGAAUGAACCGUACUACAACGAAGCCGGCUUUGACAGCGACCGCGGCCUGCAGGAGGGCUAUGAGAACAGUCGCUGCUACAACGAGAUGGCGCUCAUCCGCGUGGUGCAGUCCAUGACCCAGCUGGUGCGGCGGCCGCCCGAGGUCUUCGAGCAGGAGAUCCGGCAGCACUUCAGUACUGGCGGCUGGCGGCUGGUGAACCGCAUUGAGUCCUGGCUGGAAACCCACACCCUGCUGGAGGGGGCCCAAGCGCUGCCCAACGGGCUUCCCAAGGACAGUAGCUCGCCAGAGCCGCCAGCUGUGGCCGAGCUCUCAGACUACGGCCGAGAAGAACCUGAGGACGGAGGGCUGGCCCCUGGAGAGGCCUCCCAGGGCUCAGACUCGGAGGGUGGCGCGCAGGGCCCGGCCUCAGCCAGCAGGGACCGCACAGACCAGACUUCGGAGGCAGCGCCUGACGCCUCAGGGCCACCCAGUGUCAAACCAAAGAAGCGGAGAAAGAGCUACCGGAGCUUCUUACCUGAGAAGAGUGGCUACCCUGACAUCGGCUUCCCCCUCUUCCCGCUUUCUAAGGGUUUCAUCAAGAGCAUCCGGGGGGUCCUGACGCAGUUCCGGGCCGCUCUGAUGGAGGCGGGCAUGCGCGAGAGCGUGGAGGACAAGUAGUCAGCCAGCCCUGGAGGAAGGAGCGUCGCCGCGCGGAGAGGCCAGCUGCUGCCUGCUCACUCCCUCCCCUGGAACCUCCCCUCUUCCCUUUCCUCCUCUGUCCCCAGUGCAAGCCCCGCCCAUUGCCCUCUUCUUCCCAAGGUGAGUUUGAUGCUGAAGUGCAGGAAGUUUCUUGAGAUGCUGCCAUUUCUAUUCCCAAGCAAUCUUCCAGCAAGUGGGUCCCCGUGGCAAGGAAAAUCUGAGCCCUGUUGCUGAUUUUCCACUUGUCACCCUAGGCAGGGUGUCCCAGCACUUCCUCCCUCGCCAUCUCCACCUCAGGUCGGAGGUGGGCCUUUCGUGGGGGCUGACGCGGGAGAACUCGGGGCCCAGGUGUGUGCGGACCCGCGGGACCGGACCCGUGGGACGAGUGGACGUGCCUUGCAUGAAGUGUGGGUUGCUCCAGCGGUUCCCCGGUCCCCUUUGUCCUCUUCAGUUCCACUGUAGCUUCAUAGUGUCCCAGGCCCUCCUGCUGCCGCCACCAACCGCCUCCUCCCUCAUCUCCCAGCACCAACACUCUCCCUUGGGAGUUGCAGCUGCCGUCACAGACUCCUGGCUCUGCUCUGGCCCAUUUACACAGGAGAGCCUUCGGGCCUGUUGAACUCGCUCUCUAAGAGAGGUUGGGACCAGGCUGGGUUCAGGGUGACCCCCAGGAGAGGUGGUGGCCCUCACACGCUGACAUGGAGUCAGGACCAGGGAGCUGCAGGGAAAGAAACGGCUGUAGGUGCCUUGCUCUUGCUGUCCCAUGGGGCUGGGGGAUGGCAGCUCUGGCUUCAGGGCCUUGCCCAUCUGCUCCCCCCGCUCAGCCCCAUCCCAGGGCCCCAGGAGGCAGCAGCACAGACAAGGCUAGGGCAAGUGCGAGGGCCUCCCCUGUAGACUGUGCCCCUCCCACUAUCAAAUGCUAACGCUGGGAGGCGGCAUGUAGCUCCCUGAACACAGCGAGCCAGCCCUCUCUCCCGGAGGAUGAGAGCGAGGCCUGUCAGCCCUUCACUUACAAGCUGCAGGCUCAAUGCGGGAGAGAGGCGGCCGGCAGGCUUCUCCCUCGCAGAGACGGGCCCAGAGGUUUACAAGUUUUCUAAGCGUUUGAUAAUGUGAAGCUCCAGUUGAAUAGGAAGCUGUUGAGCACAUUGCAGCUAUGUAAUUUUGGUGUAUGUAUGUAAUAUUUAAGAUUGAAAGAAAAUAAAUCUCAAAAGCAAAGAUAUUAACUCUUACUAGAAAAGAAAAGACAAAAUAAGAAGCCAAAGCAUGAUGCGUCUUGUCCGCCUUACGCUGGCUCCGCACCUGACACCUGAGCUGCCGCAGCCGCGCAGCAGCGUGGGGAAGGGCGGGGCCGGAGUCGGUGUCUUGUUUGAGGAUCACCCGGAGUGACUGCUGGGGCUGUGCUUCCCGGUGCGUUGUUCAUGUGGAGAUGUGAAUGCCUCCUGCUUAAGAUACCUGUAUAAAGUGCUGUGUGAUUAAACUUUUUUUUUACUUGCAUUUUUUUUUUUGUUUGGCUCAUUACAAUGUACAAAAAAGACAAGGUGGCACCAUUAAAUCUGCCUCUGCCAUC